AUGGACUUCUACAGAGAUGCCACAUGGGUGCUGGAGUAUAUGGAGCAGCAGGAUGCUAAAGGUCGGAUCUCCGGGUCUUUGCAAACGCUCGUGUUGAAAUCGUGCAAAGUGUAUAAGAUCAAGAGUAACCCAAAGCAUAUAUAUGCCGUCUUGGAUUCAUGCUGGAAGUAUAAACCUUACCUGGAGAAGGUUAUGAAGAAAAGUGGGAUCCUGGAUGAAAUUCCAAAACGGAAGGGUAAGCCAAUGUAUACUAGACUGACUUUGUUACUAUUAUGUCAUGAUUUAUUAUUAUCUAAAGCCAAGAGAAUUCAGAUGGGGAAACAUCCCAUCAAGUCAUAUGUCUUACAAUUUAAGACAAGGUUAAAAGCAGAGAUGGUGAAAUUGAAGUUGAAAUUGAAAGUUCGGAGUUUGUCCGAAUUGUUCGAACAAGAUGACUUGGAGAAUGAUGUUACACCUGUAAGAUGGAUUAGAAUUAAUCCAUUGAGAUGUCCCGAACAUGACAUCGAAUCUGUUCUAGCCGAAUUGAAUAGAAAAUUCCCAACUAGAGUGGAUCGUUGGCAAGAUAUUAAAGCAGGAACGAUAUAUUAUGAUGAAUUUGUUCCUCAUUUGUUUGGUAUCCAUCCACAUGAUAAAAUAACAUCACAUGAAUUGUAUAAGCGUGGGAAGAUUAUUAUUCAAGAUCGUGCUUCCUGCUUCCCUGCUACUAUCUUGAAUCCGACAGCUAAGGAUAUUAUUAUUGAUGCAUGUGCUGCCCCAGGUAAUAAGACUACGCAUGUAGCUUCCUAUAUGUUUGGUGGUGAAGGUAUUAAGUCGAAUGCACGUGAUGUUAAACCUCAAAUCUUUGCAUUCGAAAAGGAUCCAGAGAGAGCAAAGAUCUUGCAAAAGAUGGUAAAGAUAGCUGGCUGUUCUCAAAAUAUACAGGUCAAUGUCGGUGAUUUCACAAAACUGGCUACCCCUACUGCAUUUAAAGGUGUCACUGGGCUUAUUGUAGAUCCAAGUUGUUCCGGUAGUGGUAUAUUUGGUAGGAAAUAUGUUGAUUCUUUAAAUCGGAGAAAAGCUCAAUCACAGCAGAAUAGUAAUAAUGAAGAAGAUGUUAUUCCUGAUGAACAAGAAGAUGAAGUAGAGGAAGAAGAAGAAGAAGAAAUUGGUGAAAAUGGUAUGCCAAAACAUGUUUCAAAGAAGGAUGCCUUAGAGAGAAGACUUGCAAAAUUGUCUUCUUUCCAAUUUCAAGUAGUUAAGCAUGCAAUGAGUUUCCCUCAAGCCACUAAAAUCGUUUAUAGUACAUGUUCCAUACAUGCUGAAGAGAAUGAACGUGUUGUAAUCGAUUUGUUGAUGGAUAAGAAGGUUCAAGAACAAGGUUGGACAGUUAGUAAAAGAGACUCAGUUAUACCGACAUGGCCACGUAGAGGUCUAGUUUCAGAGUUUCAAGAAGUGUUCAGGGAUGACCAAGAACAUUGUGAACAGAUCGCUGGUGGUUGUAUCAGAGCCUUACCAAGAGAAGAUGGUGGUAUUGGAUUUUUUGCUGUCAGUUUCGAGCGAACUUUAUAA